AUGAAUUGCCUUACAGAUCGAGCCCGUUCCGGGCCAGGAAAUCCCAAGAAUUUUGAAAAUGAGUGUCAAAAAUCGAUUUCACCGCGAUCAACUGAACCGACCGCUGAGGAGUUGAAGGCCGCUAAAAUCAAACAGGCUCUGGAGAAAAUGCGUGAGGCUAAGGUUACUCGAAUAUUCGUCAAGUUUUUCGUAGAAGAUGGAGCACCGCUACAAAUGCUUGUUGAUGAGCGAUGGACUGUUGCAGAUACGAUGCAACAAUUGGCUGAUAAACACCACAUUUUCUUGUGCGAGGAUCACUGUAUAGUGGAAGAAUAUCCGGACUUAUAUAUUCGUCGAAUCUAUGAGGAUCAUGAGAAUUUGGUUGAAAACAUUCAAAUGUGGGUUCAAGACUCGCCAAACAAGCUACAUUUCAUUCGUCGUCCUGACAAAUAUCCGUUCAUUGACCGUCCUGAGUUGUACCUCGUGACAGAGAAAACAGCCGACCUGGAAGUACCACCCGGCGACAAUUGGACCAGAGAAGUGAAGACACAAUUCGUUCAGGACUUCUUCACCCGUGAAACUGUGUCGCCGCCUGAAUUGGAAGGUUUCCUAUACUUGAAAUCAGAUGGCCGAAAAAGCUGGAAAAAACACUUCUUCGUGCUCAGACCUAGCGGACUCUACUAUGCUCCUAAAGGAAAGAAGUCAUCAAAAGAUCUCCAGUGUUUGAUGAAUUUACACUCAAAUCAAGUGUACACUGGGAUAGGUUGGGCAAAGAAGUACAAGGCUCCAACAGAUUGGUGUAUAGCGAUCAAGUUGACGCAACUUCAAAUGAAGCGUUCACAAUAUAUCAAAUACAUUUGCGCCGACGAUGAAUCAACUUUCCGCAGAUGGCUUGUUGGGCUCAGAAUUGCCAAGAAUGGCGUCAAUCUAAUGUCGAAUUACGCUCGUGCAUGUGAACGUCGUCGAGAAGCGCUCAACGUUCAACCUGUCUGUGUACCACCACCACGUGUUGCCAUGUCUGCCUCCCAGCAGCCAAUCAGUGUAAAUGUUCGUGAGCAACAUGGUCCCACACCUUCAUGUUCUUCUAGUCGGCACGAUCUCGGAUCGAAUUACUCCGAUCACAGUGGAAAGCCAUCAUCUUUGCAAUCGCCCUCGCAAGCCAGUCGUCUUAGCGCUGUAUCUACUGAACGUUGCAUUAGUGUAGCAAAUUCAACUGCUAUUCAUUUUCAAGAGUAUGACGAGCAACCUACCGGUACGAUAAAGCGCGCUCCACUGGAUGUGAUACGACGAGUUAGUCACUCAUCAUCUUCAAAUGGAGGAGGUACUCCUGAUGAUGAAGAUUCGGACGAGGAUUUCCCUGCACCGCCACCGGUUCUAAGCAGGACGUCCACCCCUAGCCAGACCGAGGCUCGUGUUGUCCCAGCGGCUCCUCCGAAACCUCUUCGACAAUCAAUGACAUCACCGAAUACUUCACCGAUGAAGCACCCACCACCUCAGUGUGUUUCUCCUCCACAAACUUUCAGUCCAAUUUCUCAGCCAGGCACGCCUACCCCGAAAAAGGCACCACCACCUCCACCGCCGAAACGUUCAGAAGCUACACGAAUUGUCACUGCGGUUUCACCACAACCGAAUCACAUGAGCGAUCUUGAAGCAGCACUAGCGAGGAGGCGUGAGAAAAUCGCACAGAAUUGA